AUGCAGGAAGAUGCUGAGGCUAAAACGCAGCAAUUGCAAAAUUUUCAAUCGGAUGAUUUGCUGGAAAAGCUCAAAUUGCUCAACUAUGAGAAGCAUCUGCUGCGGGAAUACAAAUUAAAGCCCUUGUCGCGUUUCUAUUUUGUCAAAGCCACAAAUCCGGGCGAGCAGUUCUUCAUGUUUACGUUGAUUUGCUGGUGGCUGUGCAAGAAACUGGGCAAGGACAUGGAACGGCCACAGGAGCACGACGAUCCCAAUACGGUUAUAGCCAAGAUCAUACAAAUACUAGAGGAAAUUGAUGUGCCCGUGGAAUUUGCGCCCAACAAGCUCAUACGUGGCGCCGGACCCAUUUGCCUCAUGGUGCUCGACGUUCUGGCCACCCAGGCGCUGAAGGUGACCAAUGUGAACUAUCAGCGCCUGCACAUUGUUCAGGAGGAGGAGUUCGUCGGCGACUAUUUGGAAGACAAUGCCGAAAUCAUACUGGAGAAGCUGGAGGAUGAGCAAAACGCCGCCGCUCUCAGCGAUGACAGCGAUCUCGAGCUGGAGGCGCACAAUUUCAAGCAGCUCAAUUGGCUCAAUCGGCAGAAGCGUGCCAUGGGCGAUAUGCCAGCCAGCGCCACGGACGAGCAAAGCCGCGAGCUGAACGCCCGGCUCAGUGAUCAUCAGGAGUGGCGUCUGGAGCUGGAGCGCGUGCUGCAGCAGCUCAAGGUGUUUGUCAAGGCGGAUGCCCGCGACUGGCGCACGCACAUCAGCCAAAUGGAGACACUCAACACGGGCAUCGCCAAUGUGGCCGAGUCCACGCAGACGCAGCUCAAGAAACUGCACAGCGAGUUCACCUUCAGCCUGGAGAAGAUCGAGAGCCGUGAGAAACAUUUGAACAAUGAGCUCCAGCAGCUCAUCCAGCAAUACAAGGAGCUCUCCAUUGAGCUAUCCACCGUGCAGUACGCGCAGACGCAGCUCCAAACGGACUCCGAGCAGCAAAUGACCCAGCUCAGCGAGGUGAUGGCCGAGCAGGAGCUCAAGAAACAGGAAAUGGAGCGACGCGGUCAGGUUAUGUCAGAUGGAAGCUCCGUUCAGCAGAUAAAGAAGGCGAUUGUCAAGCUCAAGGACGACAUUGCGCAACUGAAUCUGGAGGUGGCACUGCUCGUGCAUGCCCACGACCAGGACACAGUGCGUCAAACGCUCGGCGCUGCUGACCAGGCAAACAACUGAUAGGACGGCAGGAGUCUAUAAAAAUGUAUAUUUAGCA